UCAGAUAUUUGAAGCUCCAAAUAUUCAGAGCUAAACAAUUAUUUUGCAUUUUAACAACAGCUUGUUCAACAAGCUAAAGCUUCUUCUUCUUCUUCUUCCUCCUAUAAACCCUAAACUAUCAGUAGUACUAUACUACAGCUACUACUUCCCUCUUACAUUAUCUCUCUCUACAUAUGAAUAUAUAUUAUAUAUAACAGUGACAGAUUAAUAAGUAGUAUUGUUAUAACAGAAGAUUCGCCAUGAAAAGAACAAGAAAAUCACCACUUUUCAGCACUGAUAAAAGUAAAAAUAUCAACUUUAGCCCCAACCAUAAGAUUAAAACUUUCUCCAUAAACCACCUUCCAAACCCCAUACUCACACAAAUUUUCAUAAUCCUCCCUGUAAAAUCCAUCGUUUUCUGCAAAUCCGUAUGCAAAAAAUGGAACAUUCUCAUUUCAACUCCUCACUUCACUAAGUCCCAUUUCGCCCAAGCAAAGCCCCAAUUUCUGCUCCGAACUCUGGACUCAACCCGAACCUCAAGAACUCUGUUCUUAAUCGAUAUCGAUGAAAAUAACAGUAAUGGUUGUUCUUAUUCCCCAAAUUCCAAAUUGAAAAUCCCAAUACGCAAUGCCCAAAUUCUCCUUCGUAACAAAAAUAAUCGCCGCCUUGAAUUGAAGCCCAAAGAUCACAAUUACAAAAUCGUCAACUCAUGUAAAGGCUUGCUUUGCUUAUCAGAACACUCUCACAACGAUCCUGUUGCGGUGGCCAAUCCCGUCACAGGUGAGUUUAUAAAGCUUCCCCAAACUUGUAAUGAGUUAAAGGAAAGAUCUUUCGUUGAUUGUGGAUUAGGGUUUAGUCCAAAGAGUAAGAAAUUCAAGGUGGUCAGAGUUUUAACAACUAAAAAAGCAGUAAUUGCAGAGGUACACACUCUUGGUACAAAAUCAUGGCGUAAUGUGAGUGAUUAUAAUAAUGUUCCUUACUCAUUUAAGAAGAAGCUAGCUUUUCCUACCUAUUUGAAUGGAGCUCUCUAUGCUUUUUGUAUGAACAAUAUGGAAUCAGAUUGUAUUGUUUCUUUCAUUUUUGACAGUGAGAGGUUUGAGCCUGUUCCUCUGCCUCCUCAAUGGGAAUCUAAAAGGAGGAAUGUGAUGAGUUUGGGAGUUUUGGGAGAUGAGCUUUGCUUGUGUGAUACUUCUUGUGUUGAAACCACUAAGAUUUGGGUAAUGAAAGAUGAUUUAUUUGGUAUGAACAAAUCUUGGGUUCAGUUGUUUAAUAAUAUUGGUACUAUUGAUUGGCCUUGUUGUGGUUUGUUAUGUCAACCUUUGAAUCUCUUUCAAAAUGGAGCUCUUUUGAUGUUUUGUAACUCUAUGCAAGGGUUGUUUUACUAUGACCAAAAAAUCAUUAAAGACAUGUAUGUUGGGAUUCAUGGCCUUAAAUCAAGAUAUGAGGCUAUAGUUUAUACUCCAAGCUUUAUUUCCCUUAAAAAUAUUGUGGUUGGAAGAAGUGUUGAGAUACUUAAUGUCAAUUCAAGAUGUGGGAAAUUAAAACUGCAAGGAGAGACUAAAACACUUUCUUUGGUUGAACAUGAUCACAAAGACAUGGGAAAUUUUCACUGCUCUUCUAAAGAAGUUGAAGAAAAGUAUUGGACCAAACACUUCUGGUCGAAGUAGUGCUCAAGUAUUCAGCUAAGAAAUUUUAAGAAUGUUUUAGAUAUGUAUAAAUAUAUACAGCUAUAUAUAAUAGGGUGACUACAGUAAACCACCUUGGGAGGGAGGGAUAUCUUUUGGUAGUCUUCUUAUUUAUUUUGGUAUAUAACUAUGUAAAUUUUUGAAAAAUUUGGAGUAGUUUACAAUAUAAAAAAUAAGAUUUAAA